ACGUAAACGAUGUAAAACCGCUAAACAGUGCCUCUAUAUCCCAUCCGUUAUAUUUGGCGGCACCAGAACCGCUUCUCAUCAGCUCCUUCGCAUUUACAAAUUCUCUAGAUUUCAUUUUUCUGGGUUUCUUAGAUUUGGCUUGUAGAUGCAGAGAGAGAAUUAGCAACAUAUAUGGAGAGGUCUGAGACUUCGCUUUCUCUCUCUAGCCUUUUGUGCUCAGAAGAUGAAUCUUGUUUAAUUGAAAACAAGGAACCGUACUAUGUAAUCGUGAACUCACCAUGCUCUGUUUCUGAAUCCGAAGAUGAGUAUAUACAGAUGUUAAUCCGAAGAGAGACAAGUAUUGAAUCCAAUAACAAUCUAUCUAUAGAUGUUUGUCCACUCUCAAGUAAAAGUUGGUUGAAAUGUGCCCGUGAAGAUGCCAUCAAAUGGAUUCUCAAUACCAGAGCAUACUUUGGGUUUCACUUCCGCACAGCUUAUCUAUCACUGACAUACUUUGAUGAAUUCCUUUCAAGACGAUCAAUUGAUAAUGGGAAAAUAUGGAGCAUUGGAUUAUUAUCAGUGGCAUGUUUGUCAUUGGCGGCAAAGAUGGAGGAGUGCAAAGUGCCAGCAUUGUCCCACUAUCAUAUUGAUGAUUACAACAACGAUGUGAUUCAGAGAAUGGAGUUACUUGUCUUGAAUACAUUGGAAUGGAAAAUGGGGUCAAUCACUCCUUUUGCUUAUCUCCACUAUUUCAUCACCAAGUUUUUUGGUCAUUCUAGCCCAAAAGAAUCGAUUUCUAGAGCUAUUCAACUCAUUUUCGCUAUAACAAAAGAGAUAAGUUUGAAGGAUUAUCGACCCUCCGUUAUUGCUGCCGCGGCAGUCUUAGCAGCUUGUGAUGAUGAUCAAUUAACAAGACAGAGAGUUGAACUUAAGAUGGCUGUGGUACUAUCAUGGACGCCUUUAGACAAAGAACACAUACAUUCCUGUUAUAACCGAAUGCAGGAAAUUGUGGGAAAAUCUGAGACACCCAAGUCAGUAAUUUCCCCAAAUUUACUGUCAACUAGUUCAAGUUGGACCGAUGUUCUUGAGAAUUCUUCAAUCACCUCUGCUGCUGCUGCUGUUGGUUGUAAGAGAAGGCUUACAUACAGUAACUAUGAUCAGCAUUGCCCUUUAAAAAAAAAUCGAAAAGAUUGAUGGGUGUUUUUCGAUUUGGAUUAUAGUUUCGAUUUUACUAAAAGCUGAUUCUUGUUAUUAGAUUGGAUUAUAGGGUUUAGUGAAUUUGAUCACCAAUUUAUGGUAUGAUUUGGAGGUGAUAAGGGGGGUUCCAUUUCCAACAACCACCAAAAGCCUCAGCCCGUGACAACCAAGCAGAAAGUGAAAAACGGAAGUAAAUAAAAGAUAGCUUUUUUUUUUUCCUGUAGUGUUGUUAGAAGCUGACUAAUGUCCAAAAGCAAUUUAAAGAAGGAACUGAGAGAUGCCAAAGAGAUGUCCAAAAGGCUAUUAUGGAGAGUGUUGAUAGUAAUUUUUUUUUUUUUUUUUAUUUUAAUUUUUUUAGUUGUGAAGGCUUUCAUGAAUGCUGAUAUUGCUUACCCACCUUUUCAAUUUGCUGUAUUUCUUUAUUUCUUAUGUUAUGAUAGUGAAUAUGUAUUUAAUUAGUACACACAUCUUGAAACCCUACCUUUUGAUGGGAGGGCUUGGGAUGCUUCCUCUAUCUUUCAGAAGGCUGAAAGCCAUGAGGAGGAAUGAGGAAUAUUGAAGAGUUGUUUUUGUUUGAUUUGAUGCAUAUGUGUACCAUUUGGGCCACAUAACAAAGAAUGUAA